AUGGACCAGCGGAGGCAGGUCAAAAACGAAGACGCAGGAAAUAUGGGUGACGUUAUACGCAUUAAGAGGAACCACUAUGUCCAUUUGCUGGAUAACAACAUGAACGUUACACGGUGUUUGGUGGGGCCUCUAGUGUACACGCGUCAGGAACACGAACGGUGUUUGUUUCAUCCACGGCCAUGUGUUGUUGUGCCACCGCGGUGCUACUGCAUCAUUCAAAAUCCUUGCGUGCGGGAUGCGUCUGGAGCCCCCGUGCUUGGGGCGAACUCCAGCGUGAUGCUGCGCAUGGGGGAGGAGGAGAUCCGAUUUGAGCAGCAGCCCUUUCCACUGGAGCCGGGGGAGGUACUUAAGCAGAAAAACGAGAAAUGGCUCUUUAAGCUGGAGGUGAUCCCCGCCAACACGGGUUACCACGUUCGUUGCCUCCACGAUUUUACUGAUGAGAACGGCGUCUCAAGGCGGGCUGGGAUGGAGUGGUUGGUGGAGGGGCCGCAGACGUACGUGCCGCGUAUCGAGGUUGAGGUGGUGCAAGAGGUCAAGGCACAUAUCAUCACCCCGAACACGGCGCUGCAUCUCUGCGCCAAGCUAAAAUUUACGGACCGUAACGGUAUGCCUCGGGAAGCAGGGGAGCUGUGGAUGGUAAGAACCGUUGGUGCUUACCUGCCGGCGGUGGAGGAGGAAGUCGUCGGCACCGUGGAAGGCGUUACACUAACCAACACAGAGGCCGUUCAGCUGGAGGCUCUCGCCACCUUCACGGACGUGUAUGGAAAAACACGGAUGGCAGGAGAGAAGUGGCUGGUGACAAAGGAAGACGCUUCGGUGCAUAUUCCUGACGUACACGAGAAGGUCGGUGGCAUAGUCAAGGCGACUGUACUAAGUGGAAAGGAGUACUGUAUUGUCGAGGAUCCUCUUGGCACGGAUGGCAUGAACCAGUUCGGACGAAGAGAAGUACGUAAAGGGGAGUGCAGCUUUUUCCUUCACCCCUACGAAAAAAUGAUUGGCGAGGUGCAGUCCAUGAAGGUGCUUGGCAAAGACCAGGCGCUCCUGCUUCAGGCGCUGGACUCGUUUGAGGAUCGUGGACAACUUCGAUGCCCUGGGGAGAAAUGGAUGCUGCAUGGACCCACUGAGUACGUCCCUGACGUGAAUGUGCGUAUCCUGGAGCAGCGGAGCGUCAUUGCAUUGGACAAGAACGAGGGCAUCUACGUCAUGGACACCACCACAGGGGUGGUGCGGGUCGUGAUGGGGGAACCCUACAUGCUUAAUGAAAACGAGGUCUUGUGGGAGAAGCAUCUUUCACCAGAGGUGGAGGUGCUACUGUCCUCUGUGAACGGGUGCUCGACGGAGAUGGACGACACACUGCCCUUUUUAAGCAACCGUGUGCGGCAUUCCGUUGUCCGCUUCAACGUCCAACACAAUGCGGCUGUGCAAAUCUACGACUAUAAACAAAAGAAACUACGAGUCGUGCUUGGGCCAAAUUUGGUUGUUUUGUCCCCUGACGAGGAGUUCACUGUGCUUUCACUCAGUGGAGGAAAACCAAAAGCGCCGAAUGCGAUGCGCUGCCUGCAGCUUUUACUUGGCCCACGCUUCUCGAGCGAUAGGGUUGUCGUGGAGACAUCGGACCACGCCAGACUAGAGCUGGAUCUCUCCUACAAUUGGCACUUUGACGUCAACCGUGACGAACCGGAUGCUAAAAUAUUCUCCGUGCCUGAUUUUAUUGGGGACUGCUGUAAGACGAUCGCCUCGCGUGUUCGUGGUGCGGUGGCGGCGGAGGACUUUGACUCGUUUCACCGCAACUCCUCAAGGAUUAUUCGUGAGGCCGUCUUUGGUCGAGGGGAGAACGGUGAGGUGAAUACCUCGCUACGAUUUACGGCAAACAACCUGGUUGUGACGAACAUUGAUAUUCAGUCCGUAGAACCGACAGAUGCCAAGACGCGAGAAAGCCUGCAGAAGUCAGUGCAGCUCGCGAUUGAGAUCACGACCAAGUCCCAGGAAGCUGCCGCGCGCCAUGGGAAGGAGCGCAAGGAUCAGGAAGCGCGGGGUAAACUGGAGCGGCAGAAGCUGCUCGACAAGAUCGAGGUGGAGCGGGCAAAAACGAGGUGGUUGGAGUUGCAGGCGCAAAGUGAGGCAGUGCAGGCGAGCGGGCAGUCCGUGGCAGAGGCCAAGGCCAAGGCAGAGUCACUUCUCAUCGAGGUGGAGUCCCAGUUGAAGCAGGCGGAGAUGCGGGCAAAGGCCUACCGCAUCACAGCCGAGUCAGAGCUGAAGAAACAAAGGCAAAAACUGGACCUUGAAUUGGAGUUUGUGAAGCGGCAGAACGAACUGGAAAUCAUAAAGGCGCGCCAAUUGGCGGAAACCGAGGCGGAACGAGUGCGACGCAUGGUGGCUGCCAUUGGACGCGAUACAAUUGUGGCGGUGGCGCAGGCCGGACCUGAGAUGCAGGCCAAAUUGCUUGGGGGCCUGGGCCUCAAGGGUUACCUCAUCACGGACGGGAAGUCGCCGGUCAACCUGUUCAACACCGCCCAAGGUUUAAUUAACGGGGGGGUCUCGACACAGGAACACCCGUAG